CCAGGGGAGUUGGGGUUCUCAGGGGGUUGUUUUCGGCUCUGAGGAGGUCCCCGCCCAACCUUCAAAAUUUUGUCCAAAAGCAGACAAGAGGAUCGCCCCGCGCUGAGCCGGCUGGUGGGCAGCAGGAGGCGCCUGAUCGCCGCCGGGGCGCUGGGGGUGGUGAUGGUGCUGCUGCUGGUUAUCCUCAUCCCGGUGCUGGUGAGCUCGGCCGGCACGUCGGCGCACUACGAGAUGCUGGGCACCUGCCGCAUGGUCUGCGACCCCUACGGGGGCACCAAGGCGCCCAGCACGGCCGCCACGCCCGACCGCGGCCUCAUGCAGUCCCUGCCCACCUUCAUCCAGGGCCCCAAAGGCGAGGCCGGCAGGCCGGGGAAGGCGGGCCCGCGCGGCCCCCCCGGUGAGCCCGGGCCGCCGGGUCCCGUGGGCCCUCCGGGCGAGAAGGGCGAGCCCGGCCGCCAAGGCCUGCCGGGCCCGCCCGGGGCGCCCGGCCUGAACGCGGCCGGGGCCAUCAGCGCCGCCACCUACAGCACGGUGCCCAAGAUCGCCUUCUACGCCGGCCUCAAGCGGCAGCACGAAGGCUACGAGGUGCUCAAGUUCGACGACGUGGUCACCAACCUCGGUAACCACUACGAUCCCACCACGGGCAAGUUCACCUGCUCUAUCCCGGGCAUCUACUUCUUCACCUACCACGUCCUGAUGCGCGGAGGGGACGGCACCAGCAUGUGGGCUGAUCUCUGCAAGAACAACCAGGUGCGUGCCAGUGCCAUUGCCCAAGACGCCGAUCAGAAUUAUGAUUAUGCCAGUAACAGUGUGGUUCUCCAUUUGGAGCCAGGAGAUGAAGUCUACAUCAAACUAGAUGGCGGGAAAGCACACGGAGGAAAUAACAACAAAUACAGCACAUUUUCUGGAUUUAUUAUUUAUGCGGACUGAUAACGCAGAAACUAAGCUUAUUAUUCUGAGUUUGGACACUGGAUUCGUAUGGCUGACGUCACUGAAUCAAGGAUCCCAGGGGAUGCCAGUUGCGGGGCACCUCAGUUGUGUAUAUGUGGGGAAUUCAAAUGCUACCUGACUCACAUCUGUAUACUCAGAAACAUUCUGUAAAAAAAAAAAAAAAAAAAAAAAAAUUAAAAGCAAGAUAAGCAGAUGUGUUAUCCAUUACCGCCAAAGCAAAUUCUCCUCCUUAUUGUUAGUGUCCAUGUGAAUGAAGUCCUAUAUAGAUCACAAAUUUUUAUAGAAAAAUCUAAGACACUGAAUUAUUUCUCCAAUAUCUAUGAUACUUUGGUGUUCUGUGACCCUGCUGCUUUGAUCCAUAUAUCAGCUUUGGUUCUUGUGAGUUUACCUGCUUCUGAUGAUACUUGGAGUCCAUUCAUAGUGUGGGGAGAAUGAUCUUACCCUGCAGGAGAAGGUCUAAUUGAAAUAAUGCUGCUUGUCCCCAAAGAAAUUGUUUGCCUUGUACUUUUGUUAACUUUAGAGCUAGUCCUGGGAAUGAUUCAACUUCAAGCCUUAACCUGGAAUUUUCUGGAUUUGAGGGAAUUCCCAAGCCUAUGAUCAUUUUCACAUUUCCUUUUUCUUGUGAAUUUUCUUUUCUCUCCUUUCUGGUGAUUAUCUUUUAAAAAUGGAGAUCGAAAUUGUAUCAUAGGAUUACCCUCUAAGUGUGCAAACGUGUAAUUAUGUGUGGUAUUUAGAAAAUCCCCUGUGUGUCCAUUUUGUCAAUAGAAUGUGUUUAGAUUUACUUAGAAAGUCAGAGAAAUUUAUUCUUUGGUGUUAAAUCAGACUGAGGCUUUUGCUUUCUUUGGAACAAAAGAUUAUUCAUAAACCCAAUGCACAAAGGUUUAAUUUGAGCUACUGCAUGGGUCACCAAGGGGACACUAAGUAAGGCCUUCAAAUAGUUACUACAA